AUGGUUCGCAAUAUUGUGUUGCUCGGCGGCAACUCCCAUCCCCAGCUGACGGAAAAUGUCUGCAACUUUCUCGGCAUCCCCUCAUGCAACCGCAUAUUGACCAAGUUCUCGGGUGGAGAGAGCCGUUGUGAGAUCAAGGACUCUGUCCGUGGCAAGGAUGUUUUCAUCAUCCAGUCUGGCUCCGGCCAUGUCAACGACAACCUCAUCGACCUCUGUAUCAUGAUAUCUGCCUGCAAGACGGGCUCAGCCAAACGAGUCACCGCCGUCGUUCCUCUCUUCCCUUACUCCAGGCAACCCGACUGGCCCUACAACAAAGCCGGCGCGCCCUUGUCCAAGCAUUCAGAGACUCCUAGAAAGGACUACACCUUCGAGAGCGUGCCGGCCACGCCUCGUCCUGGAGGUCCACGCAGCCAUGGAUUGACCAAUGGAGCGUCCCAUCUCGCCGACAAGCUCUCAAAAGCUACCAUCUCAGAGACGAAUGGCUCAGAUUACUUACCCAAGAGGUCAGAUACUCUAUCUAGCGUCGGUUCCAACGGACGUGGUGGCCACACUGCCGAAGGCUCCGUCUCCUCUCAACGGAGUUUCACCACACACGACUACGAAAAUCCCAACAGCGUCGCCGCCACCUUCCAAGCCAAGCCUGGCUACAAGCAAUGGGUUGCUCAAGCCGGCACGCUAGUUGCUGACCUGCUCACUUGCGCUGGCGCCGACCACAUCAUCACCAUGGACCUGCACGAUCCUCAAUACCAAGGCUUCUUCGACAUUCCCGUCGACAACCUCUACGGCAAGCCGCUCAUACAGAACUACAUUCAGAAGAACAUCCCCGGCUACAGGGAUGCUGUCAUUGUCUCUCCUGAUGCCGGCGGCGCCAAGCGAGCCACCGCCAUUGCUGACAGCCUCAAGAUGGACUUUGCGCUUAUUCACAAGGAACGACGUCCCAUCAAGUUCACCGACCAGCGCAAUGCCAGCAUGAUGCUCGUGGGCGACAUUGCCAACCGCGUUUGCAUCUUGGUCGACGACCUGGGGGACACGGCCAAUACCAUCACGCGCGCUGCGAAGCUGCUGAAGAAGGAAGGCGCUACCAGGGUGUAUGCUCUGCUCACCCAUGGCGUCUUCAGCGGCGAUGCCAUUUCCCGCCUCAAUGCGUCGGCAAUUGACAGGAUAAUCGUGACCAAUUCCGUGCCGCAAGAUGAACACCGUCGCCUGUGCCCCAAGCUGGAUGUGCUGGAUGUUUCCCCCAUCUUUGCCGAGGCUAUCCGUCGUGUUCAUCACGGUGAAUCCAUCAGCAGGCUUUUCCAGUACGAUUAA